AUGAAUACAGGGUUGAAAAUUGAAAGUAAUGAGCAGGGCAACAAUUAUAAAUAUAAAUUGUUAUUAUAUCUUUGGGACGAGUCACAAUUGGGUGUUUCUGUUGCAGGGUAUGAAGAGGUGGUGGAAGAGGAACUGAGACCGGUUUACGAUGACGAGGAAUUGAUGGAGCUGGUUAGUGAAAAUGAUGAUGUUGAGGAUGGCGGCGAUGAGGAUGAAGAUCGUAUGGAAGACGAUGAUGAUGAUGAUGAUGAUGACGAAGAUGAUGAGGAUGGUGAGAAUUAUGAGGGCGAUAAGAAUGAUGAGGAUGACGAUGAUGAGGAUGACGAGGAAGAGGAACAGGAAGAGGAUUAG